AUGCAUAACAAGCUGGUCAUAAUAGGCUCCGGGCCUGCUGGCCACACGGCCGCCAUCUACGCCGCACGCGCCGACCUCAAGCCUGUCAUGUACGAGGGUUUCCUCGCGCUGGGCAUCGCGGCAGGUGGCCAGCUCACGACGACCGAUGAGGUGGAGAACUUCCCUGGGUUCAAGAUGAUCAAGGGCGCCACGCUCAUGGAUCAGAUGCGCGCACAGAGCGAGGAGUGUGGGGCGACGAUUGUGAGCCAGACUGUGGGUAAGGUGGAUUUCAGCUCGAGGCCGUUCAAGUACUGGUUGAACCCUAUGGGCGAUGACGAGAACCUCGAGGAGGAGACACACACCGCGGACAGCAUCAUCCUCGCGACGGGAGCCAAGGCGAGGAGAUUGGACCUGCCAGGCGAGGAAAAGUACUGGGGCAACGGAGUCAGUGCCUGCGCCGUCUGUGACGGAUCCCUCCCCAUCUUCAGAGAGAAGCCACUCGUGGUGAUCGGAGGCGGCGACAGUGCCGUCGAAGAAUCCCUCUACCUCACCAAGAAAGCCAGCAAAGUCACCGUCCUCGUACGAAGAGGCGAACUGCGCGCCAGCAAGACCAACGCGAGGAGACUGCAGAACCACCCCAAGGUGGAGAUCAAGUGGAACACGCAGGGUGUGGAGAUCAAGGGUGACGAGGGACCGAGAGGUCUCAUGAAGAGCAUGGUCAUCAAGAACAACAAGACGGGCGAGCAGGAGGAAAUUCCAGCGAAUGGUCUUUUCUACGCUGUCGGUCACGAGCCUGCGACGCACCUCUUCAAGGGCCAGCUCAAGAUGGACGAGGAUGGAUACCUCAUCACCACGCCUGGCACGACCGAGACGAAUGUCCCGGGUAUCUUCGCAGCUGGUGAUGUGCAGGAUAAGAAGUACCGCCAGGCCGUUACUUCAGCAGGCUCUGGCUGCAUGGCCGCCCUCGAAGCCGAGAAAUGGCUCGCCGAAAACGAAGACGACAUGACCAACGGCGUCGAAGGCGACAACGAAGUCAAGAAUGGCGCCAACGGCGAAGUCCCCGAAUACCGAUCGAACCCGUUGUUGUAA